AUGGUUUACGAGGUUGUAGUAGCUGAGAAAAAAGUAGUUAUAUGGAGUGAGUGGGAGGUAGAGACCCUGUACUACGAAGGGAAGGUCAAGGUUAAAAAAUAUGGGUGGGACCUGCAAAUACCGCCAGGGUCAAUAGGGGAACUAGUGCACGUAUAUAAAGCCCAGUCAACUGGUUCGCUACAUCAGUUCGAUCUACAUCCGACCAACAUGAAGUUUAUCAUCAUUGCUUGUGUUGCCGCUGUGGCCUUCGCCGCCCCGCAGUACAGCUCAAGCGAAGAAGUUGAGUUUGUGCCAAUCCUUAAGGACGACCGUGUCCAAGAGGACGACGGAACAUACAGCUUCGACUUCGAAACUGGCAACGGCAUCAGCUUCUCCCAGGCUGGAUCCCCCGACGGUGAUGAGGACGCUGUGAUCAAGGCCGGAGAAUACUCCUACACCGCUCCUGACGGCACUGAAAUUCAUCUCCGCUUCGUUGCUGACGACAACGGCUUCCAGCCCGAGGGCGACCACCUCCCAGUGGCUCCCGAGUUCCCCCACCCGAUCCCUCAGUUCGUCCUCGACCAGAUCGCCUUCGCCGCCGAGGAGGACGCCGCUCGCGCCGAUUCCGACGAAAAUUAAAUCUGGACCUAAUGAUUUCGCAAUAACUAAAGCUGUACAAAUAUAUGUAUUUAUUUAUUGUAUAUAAUAAAUAAUGCUAUGUAAAUAU